AUGACUGGAAACUUGCACUGGAAUUCUUCAACUGGGUCGAAACCCAUUGCGGGUUCCAGCACACCACCCAAAGUUACAACCGCAUCAUUGACAUACUUGAGGUAUGUGUCGGCCCACCUCGUUAAAGAAGCGAUUGAUGCGUUUGAUAAAUUGGAUGACUUUAAUUUAAGGGAUGAAAUUUCCUUUCUGAAUUUGGUCGACGCUUUGUGCGAGUACAAACAUGUGAUAGAAGCUGAAGAAUUAUGCUUUAAGAAGAAAAGGGAUAUAAAUAAUUAUGAACUGUUGGGAAUUAAUGUGGAAGGUACAAAAAUUUAUAAUAUGAUUCUUCGUGGGUGGUUUAAAAUGAAAUGGUGGAGGAAAUGUAGGGAGCUUUGGGAGAAGAUGGAUAAGAGGGAUGUUCAAAAAGACUUGUAUUCGUACUCCAUCUAUAUGGAUAUUCAAUGCAAAAGUGGAAAGCCAUGGAAAGCUGUGAAGCUGUAUAAGGAAAUGAAGAAGAAGGGAAUUCAGUUGGAUGUCGUGGCAUACAACACCAUUAUUCGUGCUAUUGGGAUUUCAGAGGGUGUUGAUGUGGCGGUUAGGCUAUACAAGGAGAUGAUUGAAUUGGGUUGUCAACCAAAUGUUGUAACUUUUAACACCAUAGUGAAGCUUCUGUGUGAAAAUGAAAGGUUCGGGGAGGCACAUAAAUUGCUCAACCUGAUGUUUAGAAAGGGUUGUGAGCCGAAUGUGAUUACAUACCAUUGCUUCUUUGUGUGUCUUGAAAAGCCCAGAGAGGUUCUAAAGUUGUUUGAUAGGAUGAUUGAAAGUGGAGCGCAACCAAGAAUGGACACAUAUGUCCUGCUCAUGAGGAAGUUUGAGAGAUGGGGUUUUCUUCGACCAGUUUUGCUCAUCUGGAAGAAGAUGAAAGAGCAAGGAUUGAGCCCAGAUGAGUUUGCUUAUAAUGCUUUAAUUGAUGCUUUGCUGCAGAAAGGUUUGGUUGAUAUGGCACGCAAGUAUGAUGAGGAGAUGUUAUCCAAAGGACUUUCUUCUAAGCCGAGGGCUGAACUAGGCACAAAACUGCAGAUCGAAGGUUCAUAUAUUAGUUGA